AAAAUCAGAUCAAACUCACGUCUUUCCACAUUGCAACCUUGGGAUUUGACCAAGAAGUCAACGUUGACCAAGAUCAUGAAAUUGUUAGCGGUCACCCUUUGGACCUUGGUUAGUUUGGUCGUGGCCGAUCCUUGUAACGAAUUUACAUUGGCAGAAUGUUCCUUCGAGAGUGCCGAAGUCAUCUACGAAUACAAUGUCCAUCCCACUGAGGACUCGAUCGAACUUUGCCAACUCGUCUGUCAAACUGAGAAAGGAUGCAAUUUCUUCAGAUACACUGCCGUUCAUGGCAAGUGCGUCCUUUUAAGACAUAGAGCUGCUGAGUCUUGCGAAGUUGUGUCUGGAUUGAUGGAACCUGAUCUGAACACUUGCAUUGAUAACGCAGCUGGUCCCGAGGGAGACUGCACUGAGUUUUUGGACGAGGAUUGCACUUUCGACGAGGAUCCAUUGGUCAGCUUCGAUGCUUAUGACGCCGUAGAUUGCCAGGAGGAAUUGAACCUGAUCGGUUCCACUUACGCUGCCACCUAUUUUGUCUACGAUGGCAUCACUGGACAAUGUGACUUUUACGAAACGGGUGCCCGCACCUGUGUUUCUAUGAACGGUCCUGCUUUCCCUUCUGUAACGGAAUGUGGCAAAUAAAUCAAGUGCUAACUCA